CACGAGGCACGCAGAGGAACGGUUGUGGCAUUCGGCAAGCAAAAUUUAGACUUUUCAAUGUUACUUUUUAGUCGAAGAUUGAAGAGGCUAAUCAACAAAUUGCCAGGAAAAAGGUUUGGCGAGUAUCGAUUGUUGCCGUUGUUUUUCGUCCUCGGGGCCGUCUUGGAAUUCUCCAUGAUCAAUUGGCAAGUGGGAGAGGUUAACUUCUACAAGACUUACAAGCACCGGAAAGUAGAGGAACUGGUGGAGGAGAGAUUGAAGCAGGAACAAGUCUGAAGAGGAGCAGUUUUCGCGCCAACUUUCUGUUGAAGUAUCGCGCGAUGCCGGGAAACAUAUCC